GAACUCCAUUCCGUCGAUUACAUCAUAGGAAAAACAAAAAAAAAGACUUCCUUUAUCGUCUUUCGACAGAACUCUUUUGGUUUUAAUGCGUUUCUUCCUCAGUGCCAGGAAGCUCCAAUAGAGGAGGUGCAAAACUCUCUUUUAUUUUGUUUAAAGUUAAGAUUUCUGAAGAUGGAAAAAGGAUACCCACCAGAGGUAUCUGCUCCACCAUACCCUGGGCCACCUAUGCACCAUUGGGGUGCAGAACAACAGCCAGGGGGGUACCCUCAGCCAGGGGGAUACCCACAGCCAGGGGGGUACCCUCAGCCAGGGGGGUACCCUCAGCCAGGGGGGUACCCACAGCCAGGGGGAUACCCACAGCCAGGGGGGUACCCUCAGCCAAGGGGGUACCCUCAGCCAGGGGGGUACCCUCAGCCAGGGGGGCACCCUGCAGCGCCUCAAUCUACUAUUUACCAGGGAGGUGUUGCUUUUGCUCCGGUCCAGGCUGUACCUACCACAACAGUGACUCAAAUCCUAGUAGGAUCGGUACUACAUGACGUCCCAGGACACACUGUAUGCACCAACUGUCAGAAGUCAGUGAUCACCAGGGUAGAGCACAGUGCCGGCAUGUUGAGCUGGCUCAUCUGCGGUGCCCUUGCCCUUUUUGGGUGUCUGCUUUUCAGUUGUAUCCCAUUUUGCGUUGAUUCCUGUAAAGAUGUGGAGCAUUACUGUCCUUCCUGCAACAGAGUCAUCUACAUAUAUAAGCGAAUGUGAAACUGACUGUCAAUGGGGGAGAAUACCUCAAUGCUUAUCUGCAGCCUUACUUGUUCUAACAUUCUUUUGAUACUGAUAAAAAAUUGCUCUUAUCCUAUGCUAAGACUGUUACUGUUAUUUUCUGACUUUUUCAAGUUUGAAUGCUCAUGAUUUGUGCAUCACACUGAGUCAUAUUCAGCAGUCAGUGGAACAUUUGUAAUUCAUUGAACAACGGUUAAAAACAAGCAAACGUGCCAAUGAAAAUAAAGACAAACUGAACUGAGCACUUACUAGUACGCUGUGCGUCUUCUCAUGCUGUUAUUGCUGUCACUGGGAGGAGAACUAGUUAGCUGGUAGCUCACGGGGUUCCCACCAGUAUAUUGCAAGCCCGGCAGCUCGCCAGGCCAGAGCUGACUCCCUACUGGGCCUAGGCAUCAGGGACUUUGUAUUUUUAAGAUGUUUUUUAAAACUAAAUACAAGUAGCAAACUUCUUGAAGCAAUAACUCAGUGCAUAUGUUGUUUGUGUAAAGCUAGUGAGAGUGUGGCUGAGAAAGAGAGACAGACUGAAAGAGAAAGAGUUUGAUGGUGAGAAGCUGUGCAGUGUGUACAGUUUGUCUGUGAAUAAAUGCUACAACUUAACAAGCCCCAA